ACAGAAUAGUAUCAUAAGACAGAAUAUAUACUACACUUAUAAUGUACACAGAUUCAACAUCGUAGAAGAAUCUAAUACUUGUUUCGUGCCAUCCAUAAUUUUUAGCAGCACCACAAUCAUGCCAAUUGUCGUACCAAGAUCUUUCGCAUUAAAAUGUGUUCUGUUUUUAUUGUGCGUCGUGUUGGUCUCGCUGAUCAGUUUAUACAAGCCCGCGCAGCUCGCCCAACUGAUCAAUUUAGAAGCAGCGGCUACCGAGGACGAGGAUUUCGUUGGUUUGAACGAGGAUGACCCGAGGUUGAUCGAGUACAUCCGCCAGCACGUGAUCGUGCCUCCCUCCACCGAGCCCUACAAUUUGUACUAUGGUGUCAACCACGAUCCUUCCGACGGCCAGUCGAAAGUGAUCGACGAAUUGUUAAACCACAAGCUGAACGGUUUUUACAUCGAGAGUGGAGGCUACACUGGAGAAGUGAUGAGCAAUACUCUAUUUUUUGAAAUCCAACGCAACUGGACCGGGAUCUUGAUAGAGCCGAACCCGAGAAACUUUAAGAAAUUAUUGUCAAGAAAUCGAAAAGUACACUCAGCUAAUGCUUGCAUCGGAGAGACGAAAGCAGCAACUAAGGUGGUUUUUAGGAACGAAAACAUCAGGGGAGACAUAUUCCAUUCUCAUGAAUAUUACUACAUUGGGUACCCAUGGGACCUGAGCAUUGCAAAAUGUUUCCCGCUGUACUCGUUCCUGCUCGCACUGGGCACCACCACCGUCGACUUCCUUAGCCUCGACGUCGAGAGUUCCGAGUACAAAGUUCUGCAGUCCAUCCCCUGGGACAAGCUCGAUAUCAAGACGUUAUCCGUGGAGUACAACCUCAUCCCUGAAGGGAAGCCUGCUCUGAUAGACCUCAUGAAGUCCAAAGGAUACAUUCAUUACAUGGAAUUGAACCGGCCUUAUUCGAACGACCUUAUCUUCGUCAAACAGGAAGUGUGGGAUAAUUCAAAAGUUCGAAAGAGAGCACUUCCAAUAAUAGAUAUCAAUAACACCAUGAGUUGGAUUGCACGGUCGAAUUUUGAAUCGUAAUCUAGUCAUCUUGAAAAUAUUGAGUAAGCUAUGAAUGGUGGC